UCUCUCUCUCUCUCUCUCUCUCUAACCUUCCAUUUCCGAUCUCUUAUUAUGCUAUAAUAAUAUAUAAUAACUCCUCCGUUCUCCCUCUUGCUCAGAUCCAGCGCCCCCUACCCCGCCAUUGCCGCUCCCAUCCCCGUCGGGCCAAAGCCCUAACCCUAACCCUAAUAUCUCCCCCUCCCUCCUCCAUUGUUAUCCGCAUCUAUCUAUAGAUCCAUCGAUAUUUGUGCCGCGAUCCCCGAUCCCCCCCCUAUAGAAGCGGAUCCGAGGGUUUCGUCGGAUCCGGAGGAGUCGGAGUAGACGAAGAGGAGGAGGAGGAGGAGGAAGAAGAAGAGGAAGAGGAGGCGCGAGAUCACAGGAGGAGGCGGUGGGCGAAAGGGGCGGAGAGAUGAGCGCGAAGGGGGGCUCGUCGCCGGCGGUGGCGAACGGCCGACUCUUCACGAUCGGGCUCGUCGCGGCGUGGUACUCCUCCAACAUUGGGGUCCUCCUCCUCAACAAGUACCUCCUCAGCAACUAUGGCUUCAAGUACCCGAUCUUCCUCACCAUGUGCCACAUGACCGCGUGCUCCCUCCUCAGCUACGCCGCCAUCGCCUGGCUCAAGCUCGUCCCCAUGCAGGCCGUGCGCUCCAGGGUCCAGUUCCUGAAGAUCUCCGCGCUCAGCCUCGUCUUCUGCGGAUCCGUCGUCAGCGGCAACAUCUCCCUCCGCUACCUCCCCGUCUCUUUCAACCAGGCCAUCGGCGCCACCACCCCCUUCUUCACCGCCGUAUUCGCCUACCUCAUCACCGUCAAGCGCGAGGCCUGGAUCACCUACAUCACGCUCAUCCCCGUCGUCACCGGCGUCAUCAUCGCCAGCGGGGGAGAGCCAAGUUUCCAUUUGUUUGGUUUUAUUAUGUGCAUCGGUGCAACUGCUGCCAGGGCACUCAAGACUGUGUUGCAAGGAAUUCUACUAUCCUCUGAGGGGGAAAAGCUCAACUCGAUGAACCUCCUCCUUUAUAUGGCUCCAGUGGCUGUAGUUCUGUUGCUUCCUGCUACAAUUAUUAUGGAGGAAAAUGUGGUUGGUAUUACAUUAGCACUUGCCAGAGAAGAUUUCAAAAUCAUUUGGUACCUGUUGUUCAAUUCUUGUUUGGCGUACUUCGUGAAUUUGACCAAUUUCUUGGUCACGAAACACACCAGUGCAUUAACUCUUCAGGUUCUCGGAAAUGCGAAAGGGGCUGUUGCUGUGGUAGUCUCAAUUCUGAUAUUCAGGAACCCAGUAUCCGUGACAGGAAUGAUGGGUUACACCCUCACCGUCAUCGGUGUCAUCCUCUACAAUGAGGCUAAGAAGCGCAAUAAAUAGAAAAGAUAAAUCUUCGAGUUCUGAGAGUAAAUACGGUCCUUUUUCUACUACCGCUGGUUUCGCUGGUGCUUUAGCUGAAGCUGGAUAUCCCAUGGGCACAAUCGUGCUGGCGAUAGCACUGCAACCCUAUUCUUUUAAUGGAUCCUUGCAUAUGGUCUUCGUUUUUCUUUUAUUAAUUUAGUUUUGCACCGACAUUUGAAACAGCUAGCGAGGAUAGAAAGUGUUCAAAUAAUCCCUACUUAUUUAUAUGCUCUAGGUUCCCCUUACAGGGUCGACGAGUAAUGCAUUUUAAUCCCUUUUGCGAGAUUACCAAUACAUUGUUACUGUUGUUAGAGGACUAUGAUAUUUCAUUUCAUCUUGUUCACAAUAUCUUUUGAUGAAUUCAUGAGAAAUUGAUUUCCAUAGUUAUUA